GGGAAUGGACCUUCACACGCCAAUUCAGCUCAGAGGCUUGAUAAGGUGAAUCAACUCUGAGAUGGAGAACGUAGAUUGAAAGUAUACCCCAAGAAUCUCCACAGCCAAGACGUUGGAAGGAGCCGCACGGAAAGUUACCGCUAAGCGAUCGACACGACAUCCAGCCAGGCGCCCAAUCUAGACCUUACGUGCAUGUCGUAUCGGCAUUCCUUGCAUUACAAUCACUAUGAGCAACUUCAAAGCAAAGGACCUGCAUUUCGACAAUUCACAGCCAGCGUUCUUGCAACGCCUGCGUGGCCAGCUCACCAGUGGGGAUACAGCUCGUCAUGAACAUCCCAUCGCCAGGAACAAGAGGAUGAAGAAAGACGAUGACGAGGAUGACGCACCUACUUAUGUCAUGGAAGAGACAAACCAGUCACUAAGCAAAGAGGAGUAUGAUGCGCUUGUCUCUGGCAAAGAUGGUAAAGAGGGGGAAGAGACUGUCACCGAUGAGGUUGGCGAGAAGAAAGACAACGAUUCUAAGUCACAAUCAAAGGACAAAAUUGCCGAAGUUGGUGCGAAUGCAAAGAAGCGCAAGGCGGCGAAGAUUAUCAGUGAAGACCAGAGCGAGAGCAAGGGGGAAGAAGAGACAGCUGUGAAAAAGCCGGAUGCUAAACCUGCGAAGAAGCCCAAGAAGAAGGCCAAAGCUGUCAAGCUUACGUUUGGCGAAGAUGAAGGUUGAAGACAGUCGAAUUGUCCAGCUUGGAUUGUGCAGUUUACCAUCCGACCGUUCGCAGAUAGCGACAUGUACCCAGUCUAAACACGAGGCGGCAACAACAGGGGAAAAGUUCCCCUUCACGUCCCCAGCGCUUCGCUUCCAUGGAUACAGAAAUUGGUCGUAGACGAAGAACGACAGUGGCGCGAUGCAAGUAACAUGGAACAGAAGUGCGAUAUUUAGCUAUGUCGUGUGUAGAAUGAGUGUUCAUGCAGGAUGGGAGAUUGUAUGGAGGUAUGAAAUGUCAAGUACGACGGCCACGAAUUGCUACUUGUGCAGGAUGGAAGGGGCCACAAGUAGGCAUGCCUACUACUAAAGUUGGCAUCACAAUAUCAAUCACAAUAGUACAUGAACAGUUUUCAGUAGUCUGGAACC